CCAGUUCCUUUUUGUGUUCUGUGUUAAACAUAAUCAUUCAUUAAUAUGUCACUAGUGUGUAUAUUUAUGCAUGUUUAUUUGCAGUUAUUGUAGACUGUUGUUGUUGUAUUAACGAAGAACAUGCAUGGGAUUGAAUUAAGGUAGAUAGAUCAAACAAUGGAUGAAGUAGACAGAUAUAAAGAAGCUCUGAACACUGGAGUAUGUAUGUACAGGCAUUGUCCCUAUUCAUUAGGAUAUGAUGAUGUUAAAACUCAUAUGCAAAAAUAUCACCAGGUUUAUGACUGUCCUUCAUGUGAUCGAUCGUUUUUUCUAGAGCAGGCUCUCGCCGAUCACAUUGACGCAACUGAACACUACUUUGUCUGUUGUGCUUGCAGUGAAGAAUUCGUUACGAAAGAUGACCUCUCAAUACACAUAAAAGCAAAGGGACACAACCGCCGCCAGCAACAGGGGCCCCAUGUCUCUUCGUCCCCUCGAACGGUUCGAGAGGAACCUGUUUUGACAUCUUUCACAUGCAGUGACAGAUCCACGGUGUCGUGGCUUUCUAUUCCCAUUGAGAAUGCUCCGGUUACAUUUAAAGGCCAUUUUCCAAAUGUCUUCAAAGAAAUGGAAAAAUAUAAAUCGGUGACAGAUUUCAUCGAGAAAGUUAUUCGGCCUAAUGACAAGUACAACAGACGGUGUGAAGAUUUGGUAAACAGGCUGAAGAAGUUCCUAGAAAACAACACUGGGCUCCACGUGAAAAGGGUGUUUAUAGGCGGAUCGGUAGGGAAAAAGACUAAUGUAAUGAACCAUUCUGACGUCGACCUGAUUGUCUUCAUUAAUGACUAUCCCACCAUGGUCGAGUUCCAAAGAAAUCUUGACAGCGUUUUGAAAACUUUAGAGCGACAUGUCCUGCACGACUUUAACUGGGCGAAAGAAGUUGAACACAUCGGCACCACACCUUACGCCGUCCAGUUCAAGGCAAAGCUGAAAGGAUCAACUGAUGACGUCAUGAUGCACGUGGACCUCCUGCCAGCGUUAGACAUACUUGAUCAAGUCAGGUCAUUCAAACCACAGCACUGUGGAAGGUCUAAUCAUCAGAGUUCAGCUGAAGGUAGAUGUUCGAUGAAUAUUCAGCAUUUAGUGUUAUUUAAAGGUGCUAUGUCAAAGUUGCAAUAAUGGUGGUUCCCGCCAAUGAUAGGGUUUUUUUCUUCUUUGAAACAUAAAGUUUAUACCUUCAGCUAUAUCCUUAU